CCCACGGCAGCUAAUUCAGUAUUUACAAGUGACAAUAUGAAGAAUGCAUCUGAUCAAGCACCUCCCUAGCCGACUGAACCAUAAACUGCAGGAUAUUCUUCUAACAUAUGCAUUUAAGACAGUAAGGAGUUAAAACCAGAAAAGACAGGUCCACAUUACUGCCGGGAUACAAGACAUCGACAGUAAUCAUCCUAAGAAGAAGCUCUAUAAAAUAGACAUAAAAAGAAAAACAAUUUGACCGCAAAAGCCUAAAAACAAAAUGGUGAGCUUUUUUAAAGGGGGAGUUUAUACUUUAACAUACCAGGAUUGUGGAGCUGAUUCCUGAAGAAACAAUGAGACACGGAUUGCCAAAAAGAGAAUGCCACACAUUAGCAGCAAGCUAAAUGAAGCUUUAUCCAAGUCUUUUCUGCACUAAAUAUUCAGAUAUUCACAGCAGCUGAUAUUACUACUAAAGGAUUUUCCCAUCUAAGUUUUAUGACUAUGUAUCCUCUUCUAAUGAAAGCAAAUCAAAUUAAAUAGCAGAUGGUUUUUAUCAAAAGAACAUGGACUGGAUUUAGAAUAUAAAGCAAGUUAUGUGAUCAAGAAAUCAUUUCAAAAUAAUGAGGACUGCUAUAGAAACAGAUUCACAUUUAUAACAAAAGGAUGUCUAAAUACAUUUUAGAAGCUAGAAACCGUAUGUUUCCUUUUUUGUUUUCACAUAUUCUGGAAAAUAAAGAGACACUAUCACAUAUUCCCUCAAAGGGAAAUAUAAUUCCUACCAUUUGAGGAAGUUUCUCUUGGUCGUGACUUUCUAAGGCAAAACAAAUACAAAUGUUUGUACUGGUCUUUAGAAAUCCAUCAGCCAACUACAUGUCACAAUUCAUGCAGUUUGAAGUAUUGGAGAGAAAAUGAAAGAAUUUCUACAAGACAUGAAAUAAAACACAGCUACUUCACUGUUGUCAGGUAAAAAUUCAUGUCAAAAUCUGUCAAUGACAUCAUGUAUCACUUUGUGAAAACCUGCCGUGGUGAGCCAAAGGGCCCAUACGGCCACAGCAAACAGGGAAAACAUCAACUGCUCCAAAAGAAUGUGUUUUUCUCCCGUUCUGGAAAUCAACAUGCAGUCUGAAUCUAACAUUACAGUGCGAGAUGACACUGAUGACGUCAACACCAAUAUGUACCAACCACUUUCCUAUCCAUUAAGCUUUCAAGUGUCUCUCACCGGAUUUCUUAUGUUAGAAAUUGUGUUGGGACUUGGCAGCAACCUCACCGUGUUGGUCCUUUACUGCAUGAAAUCCAACUUAAUCAACUCGGUCAGUAACAUUAUUACAAUGAAUCUUCAUGUACUUGAUGUCAUCAUUUGUGUGGGAUGUAUCCCUCUAACUAUAGUCAUCCUUCUGCUUUCACUGGAGAGUAACACUGCUCUCAUCUGCUGUUUCCAUGAGGCCUGCGUAUCUUUUGCAAGUGUCUCAACAGCAAUCAACGUUUUUGCUAUCACUCUGGACAGGUAUGACAUCUCUGUAAAACCUGCAAACCGGAUUCUGACAAUGGGCAGAGCUGCAAUGCUGAUGAUAUCCAUUUGGAUUUUUUCAUUUUUCUCUUUCCUGAUUCCCUUUAUUGAGGUAAAUUUUUUCAGUCUUCAAAGUGGAAAUACGUGGGAAAACAAGACACUUUUGUGUGUCAGUACAAAUGAAUACUACACUGAACUGGGAAUGUAUUAUCACCUGCUAGUACAGAUCCCAAUAUUCUUUUUCACUGUCAUAGUGAUGUUAAUCACAUACACCAAAAUCCUUCAGGCUCUUAACAUUCGAAUAGGCACAAGAUUUUCAACGGGGCAGAAGAAGAAAGCAAGAAAGAAAAAGACAAUUUCUCUAACCACGCAACAUGAGACUACAGACAUGUCACAAAGCAGUGGUGGGAGAAACAUAGUCUUUGGUGUAAGAACUUCGGUUUCUGUAAUAAUUGCCCUCCGGCGAGCUGUGAAACGACACCGCGAACGACGAGAAAGGCAAAAAAGAGUCUUCAGGAUGUCUUUAUUGAUUAUUUCUACAUUUCUUCUCUGCUGGACACCAAUUUCUGUCUUAAAUACCACCAUUUUAUGUUUAGGCCCAAGUGACCUUUUAGUAAAAUUAAGGUUAUGUUUUCUAGUCAUGGCUUAUGGAACAACUAUAUUUCACCCAUUAUUAUAUGCAUUCACUAGACAAAAAUUUCAAAAGGUCUUGAAAAGUAAAAUGAAAAAGAGAGUUGUAUCCAUAGUGGAAGCUGAUCCUAUGCCUAACAAUGCUGUAAUACACAAUUCUUGGAUAGAUCCUAAGAGAAACAAAAAACUUACCUUUGAAGAUAGUGAAAUAAGAGAAAAAUGUUUAGUACCUCAGGUUGUCACAGACUAGGGAAACAUCUAAGUUUCACUAAGCCCACAUUCAGAAGUUUUAAAUUUAAAUUGUAAAAAAAUGAAAUUACUGCCAAAUAUAAGAAAAAAACAUUUUAAGUAUUGGUUAUGUUGUAAAUUUUCAAUGUAAAUGUCAAGAUUAGAUUAGGUCAUAUAUAUUCAAUUUCUUCAUUACAAUGUAUUUGUUGCAUGGCAGUUUGUUAAAGUAAUAUCAUGUGUAUAUUUUGUCAAUAUUAUGUCCAUCAGAAGAUAUUCAUGUAAGUCAUAUUUUCUAAAUAAUAAAUACAUAGCCUUAAAACAGUGUAUAACUUUAAAACGUAACUGACACAGGUAUCUUUGGUUUUCUUUUCUUUUAUAAAGUGUAUUUGUUUCUAAGCCACAAACUAUAGAUAGAUUUAUAUAAUGAUGAGUGAAAUAGCACUUUAACAUAAGAACAAAAAUUAUGGGCUCCAAGCAAUCAAAAUAAUUCAGGAUUUUCUGUAUCACUCUAUUAAGUUUUCUGCUAUAGUCUACCUGGUGUAAUAUUUGAUGAAUCAAAAAUAAUGAACUGUAUGUGAAACUUCA